AUGGGCACACCCACGAACCAAAACACGACGGACGACAAGGCGUCGCGUCUGGCGUCGGCACUCUUGACGGCGGCUGACGCACUCCAUGAGGUGCAAGAUGCCUUGCGCACCGCGCCGGACGACAAGGCGUUAGCGAUCGCGCAGCGUUUGAAUGCCGCUUUGGAAGAGCUCCGCUUGACGCAGUGGAUGAUCGACAAACGCAAGCUCCGCGACAAGAACACGCUAUUGACGCGACUGCCCGUGCUGGACGACGUCCUCGAUAAAGCGCAUCGCGAGGUGUCGUCAUCGGUGGCAACCUUGACGGACGACGAGGUUGUGGCGCGUGCCAGCGGCGGCGCCGUGCUCUCUGGGCGCCCGCUUGGCUAUUCCAACCGCUCCACGUCGAUGCAAAAGGUUUUGAUGUCGCUACCGAUGCCCUGCGUUCUGAUGACUACCGCAUCAACGACGGCAGUUCUUUCGAGCCACUGGUUUGAGUCUGCGUCGGCCGCCAAGGCGUUUCGCCGACGCGUUGAAGCGCACGGGUGGUCGUCUCUUGACAUGCCGGCGCCGUUGCCCGCGGGGAGCGUGACGCGCCUUGUGCAUGUGGCCUGCGCCUACGUCCCAACCGCCACACUGGUGAUGGAAGUGGAUGCAAUGCGUCUGUCGUCGGAUGCUGAACGCGAUGCGCAGUUGAUCGUCGAUGCUCCUUCGGCACUGGCCUUUCUGAUGGCCUACGGGUCGCACGUCCGCGGCGGUCGUUUUGAGCUUGGCGGGAUCUUUUGGAAGUCGAGCUCUCUCUCGGUGCAUGCUGCGAUGCCGAUCGACGUGCUGGAACACGUGCUGUCGGAAGCCGAGUUGCAAGACCUCUCGCUUGCGUACAGCGACUUUGCCUACGGCGCCGGUGUCGACGUGUACACGGCACCGGCGUCGGAACACGAGAUGUGCGACAUCACGACGCGUCUCGAGUGCACGGGACCCAUGGCACCCAGUGCCGACAUGUUUGCCGAGCGACUGGCUGCGGACAAGGCCACGUGGCGCGUGGUGGAUCGACCGGCGUCCAUGGUUGGCGUCUGGGUGCUGCUCCGAGCGGCGGGGCAGGCGCGUGCCGCGGACCUUGUGCGCACCGCCUGGCUAGAGCUUGUCGCGCCCCGUCCAUCGCCGAUCCUGGAGGCGGCGGUGCAUGCUGCGCGCCUUGACCAGUGGCUGCACGACCCUGCGUUUGGAACGCAGGAACAUGUGGCCACCACCGACGAUCCUGACGGUGCGAUGCUGCUGGAUUUGAUGCUGCUACUGCUUCGCUGCGAGUUGGAGCUCGGUAUGCGCCUCGUCGGCGACCGCUUGCAGGCACCGAGUCUCGUCGUCGCACUGUGCCGCUUUGUCGAGGCUCACGAUAUUGCGACGGUUGCCCGACUGGGUGCUCUCUUUGACGAUGUGUUGGACGCCCGUUUGGCGUCGGCGUCGGUCGUGCUCGAUGCAUCGAUUCGUGAGCCGUUGCGUCGGGCGGUGGCAUUGGCGACGUUGCAUGAGGCUAGUGUCACGCAACCGGGCGCGGUUUGGCGCAGUCCCACGGUGCACGUGGACGACGUGCCGACGGCUGGUCUUUUGCUGUUGGCUGCGUUUCAAGCGACUGCCCUGGCCGACACGGAGCUGCUGACGCGUCGGCUCGGCGCAAUGCUCUUGCACAAUGGUGCCGUGGCUCGCGCGCCGCCGCUGUGGGCGGUUGCAGCGUCGUAUGGCUGCGGGAAGGACGGCUUU